UGACGAGGGGUUCAGUAUUAAACGUUUGAGAUUAUGGACGCGGACGAAGCACCAACCAGCGCGCCACCCGCCGCCGCCAUCGCCGCCGUCGAGAAGGAAGAACUACCGACGACUCCUGUGAAUGAGGACCAGGCUACCGAUGAGAACAAGGUUGACGAUGAUGCUGAAGCCCAGGAACUUCCUGCGGCGUCUGACGACGACAAGGCCGUGAACGAUGAUUCCAACAAGGACGAAACAGUGGAGGACAAGGUCAUGGCACCGAAGCGCAAGAAGGCGAGUUCCGUCCCUCGGGUGGAGAUUCCUGGCGAACGGCGAAGCGAUCGAGCGCGUCAAGCACCGCGAUCAGUGUAUACGACAGCAGAUGAGACACCGUCUGAGGUGGAGUUUGUCGUACCCGUUGGUCCUGGCACCAAGCUCCGCGACAUCGACUACCUGGCCGAGAAGGUGUCGAAAUGCGGGAAACGCGACGCAGAGGUGUUGAAGAUGCUGUACCAGGUCAUGUUCAGUCGUCGGUUCUCCCUUGGCAUCAUGAAGGACGCCAAGCAGCAUAUUUUGGACUUUUCGGGGUACCUUCCGUUCGACGACGACGCGGACAAGGACAAGUUCCGCGAUGAUUUGGCGAUCAAGUUGUGCCGCGCUACCGUGGGGUUCGUAGAUGUGCUGAUGGACUUCCUCCAGGUGGACCGAUCGAAGAAGUCUUUUGUCGACAGCGGCGCCCAAGGCGGCAAAGACGACAAGGUGGAGCGCAUCAUCGACUGGCUCUUCGCUCCCACCCCCACCGAAGUCAAACCCAAAGCCAAACCUGCCAAGAAGGCAGCCAAGAAAUCCACCAAGACCAAAGCCAAGAAACCAUCGGACGUCGAGACCGCUACGGAUGACGAAGACGCGAUUCCUUCGGCGGCGACUCCAAAAAAGCCGGGCAAGAAGAAGGUCCCCGUCUCCAAGAAGCGCAAAGUCAGUGCAUCGAACGAAGCGACGACAUCAAAGAAGAAGAAGCAGGUGGUGGCGGUGGCAGCGGAUGACGCUGAGACGGAGAGCGAGAACGACUUUGAGGAGGCGGCGCGGAAAGCAGAGGCGGGUCUGAAGAAGCCGACCGGCAAGGCGUUGCCAGUAGACAUCCAAACCCGAUUGAAGCAGAUCGUCACGGAAGGCGACGUGGAGACGCUGACGUUGAAAACGGUGAUGGACACGCUCACGGCCGAGCUCAACGUGGAUGUGAAGGGGCACAAGAAAGCGAUCAAAGACUUUAUCGCCAACAGCUUGUAAAGUCGACACUAUAAUUGGACGCCAUGGAAGCAAGCUUGCACAAACUAUACCAUACAAUGUGUAGGAUAUAUAUAUGGUUGAGGGACAAGUUUGGUUGAUGCCAAGAGGGCCUUGCUGUAUACAGUAUUCUGAUGGAAAUCCAAUGGUCCUUCAAUUUGCAUUUCGAAUUCGUAUGUGGUAUACAAAUUUCAAAGUUGACUUUUGAG